AUGGCCACAAGAAGUGCGCGUACUGCAGACAAGACUACCAAUGACAAACAUACACGCAUUCUGAAGACAUUGUUACAGAAACCAGAAAACAAGUUCUGUGUCGAUUGUCGCAAGAAAGACCCUCGAUGGGCGAGCUUCAAUAUCGGAUGCUUUAUGUGCAUCCGAUGUUCAGGUGUUCAUCGUUCCAUGGGUACACAUAUCAGCAAAGUAAAAUCGGUUGAUCUCGAUAGCUGGACCGCAGAGCAGGUCGAAAACAUGAUUAAAUGGGGAAACGGAAAGGUUAAUAAGUACUGGGAAGCAAGAUUACCAGAGGCAAAUAUUCCAAACGAGAAGUAA